ACAUUGUUUCAUAACAGCUUUAAUUCAAACUUUCAAAAAAAAAAAACACCCCAUUUCUCUAUUCUUCUUUUUUUUUUUUUGUGCCAUUCCUAGUUUCUUGAACUUCCUUGUUUUUUUGUUUCUGGGUAUUUUUCAAAUAAAUUACCCCUUAAAAAGCAUCAAUUUUUUUAGUCUUUACUAUGAGAUUUUGUCUCUUCUCAUUUGCAGUGAAUAGUCUCUUUCUUCUUAUGUGAUGCUUUCAGAUCCUUCAACUCUAUCACUUGAUUAGUUGAUUUUCACCAAGGUUCAUCAUUGCAAAGCUAUUGAUUGGAUCAAAAAGAGAAACUUGAACAAACUAUUUAAUCUAAAAUAGCACAAGCCAAAGGUGAAGUGAGAUUCUCUUUAAGCUAAAAAAAUCUUAGAAGUGUUGUUCUAUUACUUUCAAUCAUCAAGCAUAUCAAAUGCCAAGAUCAAGGGGAACUGAUUUGCCUCAGAGGCAGUCUCCAAGAGGAACUCAUGCACUUCGAACAUCGAGUUCCGACUCAGAUCCAUCAUCACAUCAUCGACCAGUUACAGUCCGAAGUCCGAAGCUAGGUGACCGACGUUCUCCAAGAGGUGGUACUCAAUCUGAUACAGUUAAUCAGAAGAAGCUAGGAACUCGAAUUGCGGAUUUGGAAUCACAGCUUGGUCAGGCACAACAAGAGUUGAAAAAUUUGAAGGAUCAACUAUCUUCUGCAGAAGCUGAAAAGAAAAAAGCUGAGAAUGAACUUGUGAAGAAAGAUCAAUCAGUAGAAAAGUUUCAAGAGAAAAAUAACAUUUCAAAGAAUGUUGAAGAAUGUAAUAACGAAGCUGAAAUCAAACUUCAAGAAGUUGUUAUGCAUGAUGAAAAUCAACAAGAGACUGAUGUGUUUGAAGUUCCGAUUGAAAAGUUGGAAAUUGACUUCAGAAAACCUGUUAAUGAAUUUGAUAAGGAAACUCAAAUUCAACCAGCAAUACCAGAGCCUGAGAAGCCUUUUGUGGAUGAACUGAAACUAAAAGACCACGAAAUAGCUUCGUUGAAAACAAGUUUGGAAGAGAAAAAGAAGGAACUGGAAUCAAUGAGUAACGAAAAUGAUGAUCUGAAGAAUCAACUGAACGAAACAGUUUCGAAAGUGAAAGCUCAUGAAACCAAAGAAGACGAAAUGACAAUGCAGGUGAAGCAAUUGAGUGAAGAACUCGAAGCGAGUAAAGGGAAUGCAGAGAAGUUAAAUGAGAAGCUGAAAUCUGUGGAAGAAGAAAAGGAAGGGUUAGAAUCUGAAAUGAAGAAGCUGAGAGUGCAGACCGAACAAUGGAGAAAAGCAGCAGAUGCUGCGGCUGCAGUGCUUGCGGGAGGUUUUGAUAUGAAUGCUGCUGCUAGAGUUCCUGAAAGGUGUGGUUCAAUGGAUAAGCAUUUUGGUGGAGGAACAUUUGAGACACCUGGUGUUGGAAGGUAUGGAUAUGUAGGGUCUCCUGGUAUGGUUGAUGAUUUGGAUGAUGGUUUAGGAAGUGGAAAAAAGAAGGGUUCUGGCAUUAGAAUGUUUGGUGACUUAUGGAAGAAGAAAGGUCAAAAGUGAUUUCUAGACACGUUUCGAUUUACAGUGAGUUUGGCAAAAUCAUGAUGUGUCUCUCACGUGAUUCUCUGAAAAAGCUAUACUUUAGAGUUUCAACAUAAUCAGGGUGUCACUGUAAUUUUGUCAAACUCGUUAUGAUUCCGAUGAGUAGUAUUUUAACUAUUUUAAGUGGUCGCAUUAUGAGUAUCUACAAAAAAACAGUUGCUUACUGUUGAAAUUAUAAUGGCCAUUAAAAGAUUGUAUUGUUAUAUUACUAUUGCAUGAUCAUUGCGAGCUAGUGAUUUGAACUUUUGA